AUGAACGCAAAGAGUCCCCUCGAACCCCGUGCGCCUUCUCCUGCUGCCACUAGCCACCCUAAGUCUGUCGACUCUGAUGCAUCCGCUGCCUCUGGGGUGGCGGAGCAAGCGCCCAAGGCCGGUAUAGCUCCCGCACUUUGUCGCAACGCGUUUGAAGUCGCCACUGAGAAUCAGGACAAUGCCUUCGCGAGGUCAGUGCGUGCCUGGGCAGUGGCAGGACGACCAGAAUGCGACGUCGCGCUAUUUGCAGGCUUGUCACCAGGAGCGCUGCCCAUCCUUGGCCAUUCUUGCGUCCUGCGCACGUCUAGUCAUUUGAAGAUCGUGCUGGAUUGGGCUCUGGAGACUAAAUCGCAGUAUAGUCCUCACCCCUCGUCCACCGUCACCGCGGUUCUCUGCCCUCUACCUCCUGGCGUAAUCUACGUCGUGAACUUGGACGUCGAUGCAGAGCACCUGAAUAUCCUGGUAAAGUACUUGGUGAGUCGGCAUAGCUAUGAGUGGUGCUUUGAGCGAAGAGAGACUGAAACUUUCACCUGCAUCUGAUCUCAAAGUACGACUACGAUCAUGUCGCGGCUGUCAACCGCGCGUCGAACAUGGUGAUGCUCUAUUCGGCUGCUGAUCAGGUGAGUUUUGAGUCGAUCGCUUGACACCUCAUUCGCGAAUACUGAUCAGAGUUGCUCGAUGAAUGCAUUCAGAUGGAUCUCCUUCAGCUCUCGUCGAGUGCAUUUGGAUCUAUUGAGACAGAGGCGCGGUGGAUGUCGUCGCAGGCCUUUUUCAAGACCUUUGCGCAGCGAGAGGUCCUCCGGCAUCCUCACGUGUGCAGGGUGUACUGCGACAUCUUGUGCGAGGUACGACGCCGUGCUGCACUCCGCUGAGGUAUACUGAUAUUGACGUUCCGCAACUACUUUUAUCGCAGCGGUUCAUCGAGUUGGGUCCUUCCAAGUGGUUCGCGAGCUUCGCUGAAUCGUUGUGCAACUCCAGCGAUGACGGGGCCAAGGGCGUGUGCUGCUGGCUCAUGUGGCAGCUGUCUACGCAGGGCAUGCCCACUAGCUUGAGGCCACCUAUCUUCCGAAAUGGCCGGGCGGCACCUGACCGGAGGCCGUCGCGUGAUCCCUUUACACCAUGGUCUUGGGAAUCCCGGUGGUAAUUUCGUUGCAGUACCGAACGACCAGACUAGAGCUUCUGAACCCUUGAGCGGCGUGACGAUAGCGCACGGCGGAGCCCUUCCAUUGCUCGUUUCUGACACAAAACUCCAUUGCUCGUUUCUGACACAGCGUUUUGUUAUCGGCGUUCUGUAG